GAAUUUACCGACCUUGACCUUGACGAUAACGCCACUAUCUCGCCAUAUCGCUAGAAAUGACAGGACGUAUGGUGAUUGUCGUUCUCACGGCUUUUUUGUGCAGUUCGUUAAGGAUAUCGCAUGCACAGACGGCGUCAUGCGCAGAAAUUGGGGGCAGAUGUCUCCCGGACGCGUCAGACAUCUUCUGUGACGGCACACGUGACUACAACAACCCGGGAUGUCCCACAGGAAACUAUUGUUGUGUACCUCUCAAGAACAAGAGCUGCUCGUCUCUCGCUGGCCGAUGUAUGAACCUGAAAUCUGCUCUGGCCUGUGGAGGGGAGAGGGUGUUCGGUACGGCGGACUGCGGCCCGGUCCAACAGGGCAACUACUGCUGUGUAAGACGGAACCCACAAGCAUCCUGCGCAUCACUCGGUGGUCAGUGCAUGAAUGUCAAGUCGGGGCUGGUGUGUGGAGGGGAAGAGGUUCAGGGCACCCCAGACUGCGGUCCUCAAGUCCAGGGCAACUACUGCUGUGUCCGCGCGGACGCUCAAGAUACCCCCAUGGAAGCGUGUGAGAGAGAAGGGGGGAGAUGCCAGACUCUGCUGUCUGCACUGGCUUGUGGCGGCGACAGGGACAACACUCAGUGCGGAGACAGCACCUUCACGUACUGCUGCUACCCUCCAAGACAAUAAACUCUACAUGUCCUCGUACAUUUACAUUUUACGUGCGCUUUAAUAGCAGCCAUUGACGAAUAUAUGUCAGUUCGACCUCUGGAUCCUCUGCAAAGAAAUACUAUUUGGAAAUCGUGAAUCGCUACUAAACUAAAUCCUUUAUUCUGUUCUAUCCUACCCCAACCUCACCAAAACACAUAAUCAAGUUAAACAUUUAGAAUACAAAUGCUUUAAAUUCAUUUUGCAAAAUAAAAUAAUUACGCGGGAA